CAUAAUUUACUGGGUUAGCAGUGGCCCGAAGUGUUGGCUCCAACCCGUUGAUGUUGGAUUCAGGUCCUGAACCAAGUAGGAGAGAGUGCUUCUACGAGUUCCACUGUCAUCCUCUCACAUUCAUCAACGCCAUUUUCACUUUUAAACAAAAUUAGGACUGGAUAAAAUGGAAACAGGGAAGGUGGUAGUGGAAAGAGUGCGAGGAAAGUCUACGAUCACUCAUUGCUUCGCGAAGUAUCCUCUCAAAUUCAUCAUCCCAAAGAAGGUGGGUUCAUCCCAAACGGAUGCUGUUUGGAUUUACACCAUCACCUAUGGGGGAGGCAUUGUCUCAGGAGACUGUAUAUCAUGUCUUAUUACAGUGGGAGAUGGUUGCACAACAGUUUUGACUACACAGGCCUCUACCAAGGUGUAUAAGUCUGUGGAGUCGAAGUGCUCUGAGCAACUCUUGGAGUAGGCAACAGUAGGAAGCAGUUCUCUGUUGGCUGUAAUUCCGGAUCCAGUUACAUGUUUUUCCACUGCAAAGUAUUCUCAGAGGCAAGUUUUCAGAAUGUCACUAGACUCAAACUUGCUGCUGGUUGACUGGAUAACUAGUGGCCGGCAUGAACGAGGAGAAAAAUGGGUUUUUGAUCUUUACAAGAGCACAAACCACAUAUUUUUAGAUGACGAGCCUUUGUUCCUCGAUUCGUUAAUGCUUGAGAAAGGCAUGAGCAGUAUUGCGGAGCGUAUGGGAGGCUACCAAGUUUUUGCAAUGCUCAUACUUGUGGGUCCAAAGUUGGAACAUCUCCAAAAACAAAUCCAGGAAGAUGUGAAGAGAAUGAUGUCUCAAAUGUUACUUUUUCCUUCAUUUGGGUCAGGACAGUGUGCAAAUAACCGAAGUUGGGCAAAACCGACUUUUGUUGCUUCUUGCAGUGUAUUUGGUCCAAAGGGAAUGGGUGUUGUGACUAGGAUAGCUGCUGAAACAACGGAAUCAGUUUACAAUUUCCUAGGUACUCAACUCUCAAGCUUGAAGCCAUUGCUUGGUGUCUCGCCAUAUUGCUGAUUCAUCAUCAAGUUGUAUGACAAGAUUUUCAGAUUUUAGUAUUUUUGCUUCAUUUAUGUAUAUGAAUUUUGAGUAGACUAUUUGAGUAUUUGACUAGAUUUUAGUAUUUUUGCUGAUUCAUUUCUAAACAUUUUGAAUCCUACUUCUUUCAAUAGACAGAGUAGACUAUUUGAGU